AUGUCUGAAACAAUACUAGCACGUCAAAAACAUAUUGAGGACCUAAGACUGGAUUUAUGGCGCAGUAUUUACUACAGACGCUACUGCAGCCCAUCGACGCUUCUGGUGUUGUAUACUAUUUUUCAUUGUUCUCAUUGUUUAGUCUCUCCUCAUUCACGCUAUUCUGCUUAUUCUCCUGUACACAAAGUACCUUCCGGCUAUCCGCGAACCUCUACAUCUCAGUAUAGAAUGUACCCUCCGACUACAGGCAAAUUUACCAAUAGUCAGGCGUUACAUUACUAG